AUUCAAUCUAACAGUUGCGCUUGCGUUACGAAAGCGGAAAUUACGUCUAUUUUGAGUCGUGGUGGAAAAAAACAUUGAAACAGGAGUCACUUUCUGUUUAUCUCAAGGAUUACUAAAAUUAAAAGUUACAGAUAGCAUUACUGUUAAUGCUGUCCAAUGAUAGCUAGACGUAGGAGAAAUAAUUCUGGUUCUGAAUUAAAACAAGAAAACGGAUUUGUACAACACAGUGGAAGCACAUUUGUAACCAGCAAUCCAACAGUUCCUACUACCAAGUUGGUUGUUGAGCCAGAAAUGUCAUGUCGUGACCGUACAGGGGAGUUUUUAUCAGCAUGUAAAGUUUUACAAACCAGACAGAUAAAUGGAGCUAUUCAAAGACCAAGUCCUCUAAGACAAAGAAGUGAAUUUACACAGAUAGCAAAGCGUAUAGGAAGAGAUCUUGCUAAUACUUUUACAAAGUUAGAAAAACUGACAAUAUUGGCAAGAAGAAAAUCAUUAUUUGAUGAUAAGCCAGUGGAGAUACAGGAAUUAACCUAUAUUAUAAAACAGGACAUUGAUAGUUUAAACAAACAGAUAGCACAGUUACAGAAGUUUGUUCAACAUCAUAAACAGCAGAAUGGAAAACAUCUGCAGACUCAUUCCAAUACUGUUGUUGUGUCAUUACAGUCCAAGUUGGCAAAUAUGUCAAAUGACUUCAAAGGAGUUCUGGAAGUUAGAACAGAGAAUCUAAAACACCAAAAAUCUCGUCGAGAACAAUUUUCACAGUCCAAUGCAAUGCAUCCAUCAACAGUUGACAGUAGAGAAAAAUCUGUAUUAUUCGAGGAUGAAGCUACAUAUAACUGUGCAUCUGGUGGUGGAGAUUUUGUGAUGAACAUGGAUGGUUCAUCUAAACAACAUCAACAGCAGCAACAAUUGAUAGAUCAACAGGAUACAUAUAUAGAGGAUAGGGCAAACACAAUGCAGAGUAUAGAAUCAACGAUAGUAGAACUGGGCUCAAUAUUUUCACAGUUAGCACAUAUGGUCAAAGACCAGGAAGAAAUGGUCCAAAGAAUUGACACUAAUGUUGAGGAUACAGAAAUGAACAUUGAAGCAGCUCAUGGAGAAAUAUUAAAAUAUUUUCAAUCAGUGACUUCAAACAGAUGGUUGAUGAUCAAAAUAUUUGCUGUUUUAAUUGUAUUUUUUAUAGUGUUUGUUGUAUUCAUGGCAUAAUUCCGUUAUUUAAAUGGAAUUUAUUACAGUUUAUUUGAUCAACCACCAAAAAUUUAAGAAAAUCAUUUAGAUUUUUAAACAAAAAUCUUGGAAACAGAUACAAGUUGUUACUGAUACAGUUAUAUUCCAUCCAGGGCAGGACCAAAGAGAGAGAGACAACCAUGGGUAAUGAGGACGAUGGCUAUACAUAGUGAAGGGCGACUAGGAUCAGCAGUGCUUUAUAUCUGGUCAGCUGGAAAUAUUAAGCAUCUGUUAUUUUGAUAUAAAAUUGGGCAAAAUAAAUUUCAAUAUGAAGAUGUUAUUUAAUCUAUGUUUUAUUCACCAGUAAUUCUCCACUAUUUUAUCAACACUUGAAAAAAUGUUGAAACCAAAUCUGUACUAAUAUUUUUCAGUUAAUAUAUUAUUGUUAUACAUAUUACAUGUUAUUGGUCUCCAAAGAGAUUUAUAUGCAGCUUGAAUGAACUUCAUUGAAUGGAUCAAUGAUGUAAACAGAUUCUGUUAAUAAUAUUUUCAGUUUUAACAUUCUGGGGUUUUUCCGUUUAUAAGGUACCCGAGGAUCAAUUACAACAGUACUUGAUUCAAAGCAGUUCUAUAAGUCUUUUAGAAUAAUUGUUUUACUUUUAUUUAGUAUAAGCAAUCUUUCCCUAAAUGGAGUCCUACAUUUAUUAUUAAUGAUAAUAUGUUGAUAAAAACCUAUAAAGAUUUUUUUCUGUAUACAUUUUGGUAAAUAUUGGUGUUAAAAAUAAAAACCUUAGUAACACAUUCUAACAUUUUGUGUCCUUGCACUCUUCAAUUAGAUACAAGUUACACACCAUACCCCAAGGUUGAUAUAGUAGUAACAUUUUACCUUUAAGAACUUUUUUUAAUGCAAAUUUCCAUAUUUCAUAUAACCUUCUUAAGCAAAAGAUAUGUGUCCAGUGGCAAAUAUUUGAUUGUCUAAAUGAUAAUUUAAAAAAGAUUACGCAAUUUAGUGCUAGGUUCUGUAAGUUUGACUUACUGGGGUGGUCAGUUGUAAAAUGGACUUGAAGUGAAAAAAGAUAGUGUUAUUUCAGUUGGAGCUUAUAUUUUUUCUUAAAACAGGCUACUUUGAAUUCCUUAAAGAAUUAUUGUUAGGGUUGGUAAAGUGCAAUGAUCAGUAUACUCUCCUAAUAAGGGAACCAUAUUUAUCAUCCCAUUCUGACCCUAUCAGGUGAUAAUUAGUUUAUAAUAAAUAUUAUACAUCACAAAAUACAAUUAGGUUGAUCUGUUAUCUUUGACUUUAUUUCACCAGAAUUUGACAGGGAACUUUAUUUUACUACACUGGUAUAAUGUUAAUUGUAGUACUAAAUAUAUUAAAUAUAUCCAUCUUACAUUUUAAAGACAUGAUAAGUACUUUGAAAUAAUUAGUUUGUCAGAAUAUUAUUGAUCUUUUUCUUCUAUCGUAUAUUUAAAGUGCCUUUAUUGAACACCAAACAUGAAUGGCAGAAGUUUCUUAACACAUUUGAUUUACAGAUACAAACUUGGGAUAGGUUAAACAUGUACACCUCAUAUUAUUACCUAGAUUUAAAACAUGCAGACCAUAAUUGGAAACAGUAUAAGGGAAAAUCUAGGGACUUAUUUUUUUAUGCUUUAUAAAUGCUUACUUUGACAAUCAUUAUUAAAACUAUGAAUUAUCUACAUGUUUAAAAUAUUGCUAUUUUUAGAGACAAAAUUUCAGCAAGACUGUUAUGUACCUGAAAGUAUUGACUUAAUUUAUGUACUUCUUUUCCAUACAUGUACUGUACAAUAUAAUUCUAUAGAUCAUUGGGUAUUAUCACUUCAUUCACCAGGGACCACCAACAUUGUAGUUGUUUACUGUUGUUUUACUUUCUAUUAUUGUAUUUAUGAUGCUGACCAUUCAUAUGUUUAUUUUUCAUACAUUAAUUGGUAUUUCAUACAUACAUUGAAUUUGAUUUAAAAUAAUUUUUUUUAGAAAUUCAGAUAUUAAUGCUUUACUUUUAGCAAGUGUUUCUCUAUCGUUCAAUCUCCUAUUUUACACAGUUUCCUAGUUUCAGUUUUAUAUCUAUAUCAGCCACUCUUUUGAUUUUGAAAUUACUAUUAUAUCCUUUAAUAAUCAUAUGACUGGUACCUUACAUUAAGGAAUGACAGAAUUGUGCAAUUUCUCAUUUAAUAUUGAUCAUACCUUUGAUUUGUUGUCUGAUUGUGAUAAGGUAUUACUGGGAUGGAACGUCAUCACCGUUAUGUGAACAGCCCUACAAGUCAUUUAACUUUUGUUUUGAAUUGUAAACCUAUACAGAAGAGUUUCCUGAAUAGUUUCUAAAUCAUCUGGUACAAAAUUCCUCAAAAUUGUUUCAGUUUUUGAAGUAAUUCUGGAAGUAUGGUUAAAAACCCCACCAACCCACCAAUCUGCAAGCAGACCUUCAUGUUUGUAUCUUGUAGAUUUAAAGAGCCUUGGUCCUUGUAUACAUACUGUGCAUUAUAUUUACAAACAAUGUAGCUGUAUGAUAACAUUAUUCAUCUAUCACAAUAUAUUGGUACUGUGUGAUUUAUUUAUAGGGGUUUUUGUUGAAGAUUUAAUUUAUAUGUUUGUUUGAAUCUGAAACAAAUAUUAUUUUAUGAGACAAUUCUAAUGAAUUUAGACAUCAGUGCAUAGAAAAUGACUAUUUUAUUUUACAUGGGAUAACUAUGGUACCUCUACCCUAGGUCAUGCAAUGGUAAUAGAACUCAUGUCCAUCAAUACAUUUGUCUGUUUGUAAUUUAAUGCUUAGGUCCAUUUCUCUGAAAUCUAUGGUGAUGCAUAUUACAAUGUUGAAUACAGUUCAUUGUGGCUCCACGUCUAAUUAGUAAUGUUACUUGACCGAUUAUAAAUCAACUAAAAUGCCUAAUUACAGUCUUCUUGAUUAGUGUGUACAGUUGUGACAUUACAUAUUUGAGUUAAUUUGAUUUUACUCCCAAAAGCUAUGGUAGUCUAUCAGUGAUAGGUAAAAUCAUAAAAAUACUGAACUCCAGUGAUAUUUCACUAUUUAUGUCUUGAAUGUCUUCAUAUAGUAAAUUGUCAUUUGUCAGAAUUUAGGUCACUAUAACUUACAUUUCAUGCUUGAGUGAUGGUUUAAGGUCUAUUUCACAGCAAUCAUAAAAAUGUAUCCCUGGUAUUUUUCUACAGCUGUCCCCAUGUAUAUGUAUAUUUUUUUUAAAUCAUAAGGAUAACUGUGGGGAAACAUUGUGUCAUAUAUUGGAGGGGAAUGGCAACUAUUGUCCAUUAUUAUAAGUGGAUGUCUCAGAUAAAGAUUGUAUUGUAUAUCAUUCCUAUAAAUUUGUGCAUCCAGGGAUUGCUCUUACACUGUAUUGGUUGUUUCAAAGGUUAUACAGUAAUAAUGGUCAAAGACAAGUAUGUAUUGUUGAUUGUUCAACUUAACGUAUGAAAAUUAAAUCAUGCUCAUGUGAUAACUAUUAUAAUGUUUUAAUGAUAUGUCUGGUGCAAUGUCACCAAUGAAGUAAUAAAAUAUCAAAUACAA